AUGUUUAACCAACCUAUUGCACCUGGUUCGCUGCCCAUUCAUCUCACCACCUUGGUUCUAGGACAAGAGUACAAUCAACCGUUUGCCUUGUACUCCUUGCCUGAAAGUCUCACCAAUCUUGACCUUGGCUUCACAUCAUUCAAUCAUCAGUUGUUGACAGGAUCACUACCAACAUCUCUUACUUCACUCUCGCUCGGUCGUUAUUUCAAUCAGCCAUUACUGUCUGGUACGUUCCCAUCUUCUCUAAGGUCCUUGGUCUUUGGUCAAGACUUUAAUCAAUCACUCACACCGGUUGGCGGACCUCAUGGACUACCGCAUUCACUUACAUCAUUGAUCUUUGGUGCAUCGUUCAACCAACCAAUUGAGGACGGCACAUUGACGUUGCCACUGCUCACAUACCUGAUGUUUGGUAGCCACUUCAACCAGGCUCUUUUACCAGGUAGUCUGCCGCCAUCACUCACCAAGAUAGUCCUGGGAUUCAUGUUCAAUCAAGAGGUGCAUCCAAACUCCUAUCCAAACACUCUCAAACAUAUGACCUUCCCAAGGUUGAUCAGUGACAGGGAAACAUGGGCCAAUAUUCCUCGUAGUGUUCAAACCAUCUGCACUGGCGCACCGAUACGCUGGUUGGACUCACAACUUCGAUACCUCUCAGACUCAAUCAAACAUGUCAAGUUGCAAGAAUGGCUACAUCUGUUCAAGUUUGUGAUGGAGCCAAUCACUUGUAGAUUGGAAACAUUAUCAAUGACGAUGAUCAUAUCUCCAUGGAGACCAAGCUCAUAUGAUGGGGCGAUCAGACAACAUGUAGAGAAACUAUUGUUGAUGAGUCCCAAUGUUGCCAACUAUCGGAUCAAGUUCUUUGAGAUCUCGGACCUCAAUCGAAAGUGCGCCACAUUACAUCUAAGACGAUUGAACGACAUAAGUGGAUGGAUCAUGUUUAAGUUGUAUGACAAGUUGGAACGAGACAGUGUACCAUUGCCACCACAACUACGUUACGUCAAGACAUUAUAUGUCACUGCCAAUCGUCCUCAUGAGAAACUAAAUGAGGCCAUCCAGGGCCUUCCAGAGUAUGGACAUCAGUACAUCGAAGUGGAUAGCCUUGUCAACGACAUUUAUUCUUCCUUCAACUGGUUGAUCAUAAUGUAG